AUGGCAAAACCUUCUUCCUUUGUUCUCCUCUUGUUACUUCAGUACCUCAUGACUUCCUUAGCUUUGACUGAUACAAACAUCACCACCGACAAAUAUGCACUUCUUGCCUUUAAAUCAUCUAUCACUUCAGAUCCAUACAAUUUCUUAGCUAAUUGGUCUGUCUCUUCUUCUCCAUGCAAUUGGGUUGGUGUUACCUGCAUUAAUGCUCAUCAUGUAAGGGUCCAUUCCUUGAAGCUUGCUGGCAUGGAUCUUAAAGGCACCAUAUCUCCACAACUGGGAAAUCUUUCAUUUCUUGUUGAAGUUGAUCUCAGUAACAACAACUUGAAUGGUCAAAUUCCAGCAGAGUUAGUUAAAUUACAUCGAUUGAGACUAUUCAAUCUGAGUUACAAUGACUUUCAUGGACAAGUUCCAACAUGGAUAGGAGAUUUAUCUACAUUGGAGCACUUAAAUCUUCAAAAUAACACUUUUGAUGGAUCUAUUCCACCAUCUCUAUUCAAUCUAACAAGGUUGGAAAUAUUAGAUUGGAAUUCUAAUUUAAUUGAAGGAACCAUUCCUGUUGAGAUAGGAAGACUUGAGCGCUUGAAGAUUUUAAGACUUUCGAGAAACAAACUUUUAGGAAUCAUUUCUCAAACAAUUUCCAAUUUAUCUUCACUUGAGUUAUUGCAUUUGUCUUAUAAUACUUUUUCAGGAGACAUUCCCAAUGAGGUUGGUGAUCUUUCACAACUAAAGACGUUGUAUCUUGGAGUGAAUCAACUAGUUGGUUCUAUACCAUCUUCAUUAUUUAACAGUUCAAUGUUACAAUACAUUGCACUUGAUAAAAAUCAAUUAUCAGGGAUUCUCCCAACAAAUGUGUGUCUUGGGCUUCCAAAACUUGAAUUAUUUUAUGUAGAUGGAAAUGAUUUUUCUGGCGAAAUACCUGCCAUUUGGCAUCACUGCAAAGAAUUAGCAGAGUUAGAGUUAGGUGAUAAUGUGUUCAACCCAGGAAUCAUUCCAAGUGACAUUGGAAAUUUGACCAACCUCCAAUUACUAUAUCUUGCCAACAGCAACUUGCAAGCUGGUAAGAUAAGGCAUAAAUUUCAGUUUUCCUCUUCAAAAACCACGACAAAACACAAGACAAAAGAACUCACACCCCUUAGAUACACACUCACAGACGACCACGAGAAGGAAAAGAAGAGUCAAUUGCCCAUGCUCCUAGUCACACAAGCUUCUGGAGAAGAUAGAAGAGACAACAAUUUGGACAUCCAAAACCACUGCCACACACUUCACAUCAGCCCAGAAUUACAGAGCACAAGGGCGAGCCAAACCAGUGGUGAAAAGCAGAGGAAAUGCUGGAGGAAGGAGGAGGGGCGAUCGGAGGACGAUGACUGGAGGUGCCGCGUGAAAUAUCUAGAGAAUCGAAGAGGAACGGAAGGAGAGCGAUGGCACAUAACACAAUCCAAGAAUCCAGAGAAUUUUUUUCAAAAUGCAGGGAACACAGCAGAGAAUAUGUCAGUGUUUAGAGACAAGCUAAGUUGA